AUGAGCGUCAAUGCAGGAAGUCUGAAUGAUCCCAGCGAUAUUCCUGGUCUGGCACACUUUGUUGAGCAUUUGUUGUUUAUGGGUACUGAAACGCAUCCAGAAGAAAAUGCAUACAAUCGCUUUCUAUCACAGAAUAACGGUGCAUCGAAUGCCUACACCUCCUCAGAGUUUACAGACUUUUUCUUUACUGUAGCUAACGAUGCUGCAUUUGAAGCGAUCGAACUAUUUUCCGGAUUCUUUACAUGUCCUCUGUUUCUGGAAGGAUGUGUCCAGCGUGAGAUUCAAGCUGUUGAUAAUGAGCACUCAAAGAAUCUCCAGAGCGAUAUUUGGAGAUUCCAGCAAUUGCUGAGGUAUUUGGGAAGAGAAGACCAUCCUUACAAUCACUUUUGUAGCUUUUCUUGCGUGCUAUAA